CGGCACAAAGCCCCACAAACCCCGACUCCCCGCGUUUCAUGCGCGUGAUCCUGACAACCCAAAUGAUUGAUCUCACAUAACUACGCAUAUUAGGAAAUGCAGCACGCUCUCCGCGCGCUCUUGUGAUAUGGCUCCCGACCCUGUCCUAAGCCGGCUGGCGAAGGGGCGGAAGUUCUGGCAGCUGGCCCCCCAAACAGUUGCAGCUGCGGACCGCCGCGCGCGGGAAGCUGACGCGGAACGACUUGCGGCCGAGCGGCGGGAGUCGGAUUUGAAAGUUGCAGCUGUCGAAGCAGAGUUGGCUGCGACUGCAGCAGCUCUGCGUGAGCGGGAUGCCCAAGUGGCGGAUCUAGAAGCACAGCUAGCGUUCGUGGCAGAGGAAAAGCAGGAGCUCGCAAGGGGCCUGGCGGAGGCGCAACGGGGCCGCGGCACGGCGCGCGAGAACUUGCAGCCCCAGCAGCAGCGGACGCUUGACACGUUUGCAAAACUCCUGCCAAUUCAUCCGGUGGGGCGCACCCAUUUGAUUGCGUGGGCGACACAGCAAAACUACGGGAAGCAGGCGCCCGGGCGCCGGCCCGCCGAGGCCGCCAACAGCUGCACCACUGUGGACUUGUAUCGACCCACGCAGGUCGGGAAUGCCGCCACAUCCGCUUUCACCUGCGACACCAUCCAGCGGCGACAGCAGCAGGACGCGGCUCACCCAGUGCCGUUCAAGAGCAACCGCUCCCUGACCGCCGCGGUCACGGCCCGUGUAGCAGUGGUAGAAAACCCCAACAAGGUGGAGGCAGAUUCGACUUCCAGGCGGCACGACGAGGAGACGCACGAGGCCUACCAGCGCUAUGACACAGAGCAAGUCAAGGAGGCGGUGGAAGCAGGAGGGGUGGUGGGAGCCAUGUGGGACUCCGCUAAGCAUGGGCGCCGGCAUCACCUUGGUGUGAUCAUUUCGGUCAUGCGCCGGAAGGUGAAGCGGCUGUUAGAGGAUGCGGUGGCCGCUGCUAUCGCCUCUCGUGCGGCCGCUGCCACCGCUGCCGCUCCUGCUCCCGCGGCCGGGGCUGGUGGCGGCGGGGGCCCGCCAGGCGGCGCCGGCGGAGGCCACACCGCCGCUGCCGCUGCCGCCGCUGCCGCCGCUGCCGCUCCUGCUCCCGCGGCCGGGGCUGGUGGCGGCGGGGGCCCGCCAGGCGGCGCUGGCGGAGGCCACACCGCCGCUGCCGCUGCCGCCGCUGCCGCCGCUGCCGCCGCUGCCGCUCCUGCCCCCGCGGCCGGGGCUGGCAGAGUGUUCCCAUGGCUGCCCGUGUCUGUUUGCGAGACCCUCCGUAAGGGCGUGGAAGCCAUCAUGAGCGCGUUAAGCCCCCAGCCCCAGCAGCAGCCGGUACAGGGCGAUCCACAGCCGCCCAAACGGAAGCGCGGCAGGCCGCCUAAGCAGAAGCCGCCGGAGGCCAAUGAGCCCGCGCCACAGCCCGGCGCUGCACCAGCCACAGAGCACCCAUCUGCACAGCCACACCCGGUGUGGGCUAAGGCCCUCGGUGACGCAUUCCAGCUCAUGUGUACACCACCACCGGUCACAGUGGCGCCGCCGGCCACGAGGGUAGCGGCGGCGGCGGGUGCGCCGCCAGCCGCGGGAGACGGUGAGGCGGCGGCGGCGGCGACGGGUGCGCCACCGGCCGCGGGAGACGACGCGGCAGCGGCGGCGGGUGCGCCGCCAGCCGCGGGAGACGGUGAGGCGGCGGCGGCGGCGACGGGUGCGCCACCGGCCGUGGGAGACGACGCGGCAGCGGCGGCGGGUGCGGUGGUGGCCGCGGGAGACGACACGGCGGCGGCGGCGGCGGGUGCGGCGAUGGCCACGGGAGACGACGGGGCGGCGGCGGCGGCGGGUGCGGUGGUGGCCGCGGGAGACGACACGGCGGCGGCGGCGGCGGGUGCGGCGAUGGCCGCGGGAGACGACGGGGCGGUGGCGGCGGCGGGUGCGGCGGCGGGUACGGCUGACUUCGAGCCGUUCACGAUGCUGCUGGCCAUGGCACGCCUGUCCGAUACCGUGGUGGACGGUGUGCCGCAGACGGCGGGCUGCGCCGCCACCCAGGCGCGGGCCAUCGAGCGUGCCAUCACAGAGUGGGACCUGCAGGCAGCAUGCAAGGAGAUGUGGGCGGUCGUUGACAGCGCGAAGACAAACCUGGGCCAGCACAACGGCGUGGCGGCGCAGCUGCAGCGAUCGCUAGGCAUCGACAUCCACAUCAUGCGGUGCUACGCACAUAUCCUACACAACUCGCUGCACGCCGGCAUCGUGAAGGGCUGGGGAGAUGACCCGACCAAGAAGCGCGAGGGGUUCAACUCCCCCGUUGUCUUCCUACUCGAGCAAUCUGCAAGCUUCAUCAACCGGCACGACAGCUACCGCCCCGAGGACACGCCAGUCUGCCCAGAUGCCUGCGCAAUGCGCUGGGGCAUCUACUGCACGCUUGCGCUGUGGUUCUGUAUGCACACCACAUACUUCCAUGGCGUCGUCGCUGCAGUGGCUGCGCGCGGAGGCAGCAUCAGUAACGCCGACGGCGCCAUGAUGGAGGGCUGGAAGAAUGCGGAGCAGGUGCUGCAGGUGGCCGUGCUGGCGGACUGGGGCCACUACUUCCUGGAGCAUGAGCUGAAGUGGGCUGAGUCGGGCGGCGGUUUCCAUGCGCUCAAGCUGCACGCGCGCAAGCACCGCGCGGUGGGCUACUUCGCUGAGGCUCUCGGGAACCCAGCAGCUGUGUUCACGCGCACAGUGGAAACGGCGCGCAGGGUUGGGUCGGAGUGGGAGGCAGCGCUGCGCGUGGUGGUGCGGCCGUUUCUGGACAACUUUGUGGUCUACUACGGCCGCGAGACUGCCUUCCUGCACAAGGCGCCCCUGCGGCUGGCUGAGCUGGCCUGUCCCGAGCGCGGUCAGCUGGCGGCGGCGCAGUUCCUCGCGCGCGCAGCGACAGCGCCAAGCAAUGAGUGGCGGCAGUUCGGCGCGUUUGGGGUGGAGAAGCUGGGCGACAGCAUCGCGCGCCUGGCCGCGCACGGCUACGUGGACCCACCCCUCCAUGAAUGGCUGCAGCUGACCUUUGGCGCGCUUCCCAUCCUGAACCACCACAGCGAGAACAUCCUCAAGGUGGCCAAGCACGUCGACAUGCGCAUGAAGCCUCACCUGACACAGGCGCAGGUGAAGUUGCGGCGCGACAGGCCCCAGUUCCGCAUCCUCCUCACACCGCCAGCGCUGACGUGGGCAAGGGUGAAGGUGCGGCAGCGGCGACUUGCAGCCAAGGCAGUGAAGGCUGCCGCUGCAGCCGUCGCUACUGCUGCAUACGCUGCUGCAGGCGGCGUUGCUGCCCCCGCCAUGGCUCCACCAGCCACAGCGAGCGGUGAUGCUGUGCCCAGCCGUGUCAGCCGCCAAGAGCAGGCCCGGCGCAAUCAGGUGGCAAAGCUGCAGGCGCAGCCAAACCAGCUCGGCCUGCUGCCGCAGGGCGUGACGGCAGAGCGGCGGCAGGCCAAGCGCCGCCGCCAAACCGCCGCUACAGCGGCGGCUGCCCCUGCUGCUGGUGCCGCUGCUGCAGUGCUGGAUGCGCAGGCCCCACUCAGCGAGACGGUGCGCCUGCUGCGCGUCUUCGAGCGCUACAGCUUCGUGCCGGAGAAGCCCGGCAAGCCCCUGCUGGCUGACCUCCGGCGCUUUGCAGACGAGCACGAGCUCUGCAGUGAGGGCAAGCGGUCAGAGGUGGUGAUGGAGGUCCUGAACUGGGGCGAGCAGCAAGAGGCGGAGGGGGGCGAGUCAGAGGACGAGGAGGAGUACAGCGAGUACGACGAUGAUGAGGAGGCGGAGGAGGAGGCGGAGGACGAGGAGGAGGCGGCAGCAGCAGGCAAGCAGGGUGUCACAGCUGUGGCUGCCCGUCUGCCCCUGCAGCCGGGCCAGCCCAACACAAGGCAAACGCGGGCCUUGCAGGCACAUCCUCACCUGGACAGCAGCCUGGAGCUCGGGAGGGCGUGCAACAUUUCAACGAUGUUGUCGCCUAGCUCGUCUGCGUCGAGUUCUUCUCUGUGGAGUUCGCCGCUGAGGAAGCGGGCGGCUAUGGGCAGGCGCGAGGAGAAGGUUUUUGUACAUCAGGUGUUUGGUCCGGUCGAGCAUGCGGAUGUGCAUACCGCGCCUUAUGGCAUGGCGCUGGGCUUCCAGGCUCAGGGCUUCGCUAUUCGGAUCGGCAAGGAUAAGCCCGCGUCGUCGCUGUUUCCGGAGCUGGGCGACUACGUGAUGGUGGCGUCGCAGCAGGACGUGGGGGCGGCGCAUCCGUGUUUGGUGGUGCUGUCCGCUGCGCGGGCGGCGCGCACUCCGGCUGGCCUGGCGCGGCAGCUGAUUGAGGGCACGCUUCUGGGCAAGAGCGUGGUCAUGGAGAUCGAGGACUAUGCGGCGGAUGAGGUGCCAGCGGUUCUGGACGCCAACUUUCCUGGUGUGUGCGUGUGCCGCUUCGUGAGCGAUGCGACGGUGCCGUCUGCCAAGAUCACGGAGUCGCAGGGACUGCCGCGGGUUGCUUGGCCGAAUGAGCGCAUCCUGUUGCCUCCGGAUUCGGUGCUGGACUGGGCCGAGGUCUCGCGCGCUGGCGUGGUUGGCUCAGGCCCUGCCGGCGGUCGCGGUGGUGGUGGUGGUGCCGGCGGCAGCGGCGGCGGCGGCGGCAGUGCGCUGAGUGACAAUCCGUUGUUCCAGCUGCCGCAUGCCGCUGCGCUGCUCGCUGCACCUGUGCCGGGUACUUUGCGGCAGGCGAGCGGUAACAGCCCGGCGUCGAUCAAUGUCAAGGUGCUCUGCCACGCAUCGCAGCCGUUGUCGGCGGCUGAUGUGACGGCGGAGGCGCUGCCGUGCACGACGGCGGCGGCGCUGCUGCACGACCUGCGGGGGCUGUCAGCGAACGCCUCUACGGCAGAUGUGCUGACAGCGGCAGCGGGCGUGGGCAUGUCGCUCCGCAUGGUGGAGGUGCAGUUGACGUACUGGCGCCCUCGUCCGUACGAGAAGCAGCUGCUGCAGUGGAUUGCGGCGGCUGGCGCGCAGCGGGAGCCGGUGGUGAUUGGGUUCGUGGGUGUGCUGGGCCCGUCGCGGCGCUACGAGCCGCGGAUCGUGGUUCAGAACCGGGCGAUCGUGGGGCUGUUUUCGCACGUUGUCCGGCUGGGCCGCCUCGCGAUGGACAUGGGGUAUGCGUCGCUGCGCGAGCCGGGCGCUGCUGGUGCGGCGGCGGGGGCGGCGGCGGCGGCGCCGGUGGAGUUGCCGCCGGCAUGGAUGCCGCUGCUGCCCGGCGUGCUGGAGCGCGCGGAGCUGGUGGAGUGCGUGGAGCGGUCGCAGUUUCCGCUGUGCCCGGAGGAUGGCUGCGGCCUGGACGGUGGCGGCGCGUGCGAGCAGUGUGGCGUGGUGCCGACGCGCGCCGCGUUCGGCUUCAAGGUGCGCGUGCGCUCGGAGUCGGCUGCUGGCAUCACGGGCGGCGAGGCGGUGCUGGCGGCGGAGGCUGUGUGGCGCGACUACUCUCCUGUGUGCACGCUGGAGGAGGCGCGUACGGCGCCGCUGGGUCUCGUGGAGGCGUCGGACCUGCUGCGCGAGGCGGGUGUGGGCACGCUGAAGCUGUGGCAGGUGCCGGGUGUGGGGCUGUCUAUCGUGCCCAUGGGCGUGGUGGCGAAGGUGUGAAUGGUAAAGUUUCGUGUUACAUAGUGAUUAUGGGAGUGUUGUGCUGUGCUGCGGGUGUUGUGGGGAUGGUGUAACAUUGGAUUUGAACCAUGAAUGGUAUGCGGUACGAAUGGAUGGAGGGAUUGUACGGCAUGAUGUUGUUGCUGGCAUGUGUCGUAAGUAUGAUAGUGGCGUAUGGUAUUAUAUAUACCUGAGCGUUUGGAACAUUCUGUUGUGUAAUUGGAAACGUGGAAGCAGUUGUUGUUACAAAUUAUGAGGAAGACAUGUGAUGCUUGAGCCAGCAAGUCCAUGGUUCUGAUUGCAAGUGCAAAGCUUUGCUGGAGCUCUCUGUUUCAUUUUAUGACUGAAAAGACAAGUUGCUUGACACGUCUUCUCAUUACAGACAGCUAUGUGGUGAUGAAGAGCCCAUGGAGUGUUGGUUUCCGGCGGUGACAAGUCGCUCCACAUGAGUGUAUUGAUACUUUGGAUCUAUAGCUAGCUUAUGCAC